GAUGGCGCUGAAACCAUCUCGACAAGUUCGGACGCGUCACACCAUAGAUUUCGCAUCCGCUUUGAUAUAUAUGGUUUCUUCUUUUUCUAAAAUUUUGUGGUCUCUAUCUUAGUAGCGUGAACAAGCUCGAAAACCGAAAUAUCUGAAAAACGUAUAAUAAGGACUUUCUUUUCGGCGGAAUAAGAGGCUUAUUUUUCAUCAAUCUUUAAUAUAUAUAUUAUCGGGCCUGGUAUAAAAUAUUGAAAAAUAAUGGGUGGUGAUGAAGGUACUGCUGUUCAAAACAAAAUGCAACAAGAUUUAAAAUUAUUGGAUACGAGCAAGCUAACAGCUUUGUCACCUGAAGUCAUCAGUCGCCAGGCAACAAUUAAUAUUGGUACGAUUGGACAUGUAGCUCACGGAAAAUCAACAAUUGUUAAAGCGAUAUCAGGUGUCCAAACUGUACGUUUCAAGAACGAGCUCGAACGUAACAUCACUAUUAAGCUUGAAGCACGUGCAGCUGAGACGACAACCGGUGAAUUGGCAGAUGUACCUGGGCAAGACGAUACAAGUGACAUGCCGCCAAUAUCUUCCAAACGUACGAGAUCAACAUCACGUACAAGAUCAAGCAUAACACCACCACCACCGGCGCCAAAACGUUCACAUCUUGACAUAAUUGUUUCACCUACUAUUCAAACAAACCAAACAAAUAAUCAACUAAUGAUAGCUAAUCCGUUAACACCAGAACCAACUCCAUCUCCAUCACCAAUAAUUUCGGAAACUAUUGACCCGGUUGCUCAAAAUAUUCAACUUAAACAAUGCCAUGUUUAUCUUGAAGACAUAAGCAAACAAUUAAAUGAGAUUAAUUCUGAUAAAGAAACAUCUAAAUCAAAAAGAAGAACUAGUCGAAGUAGUAAAAGAACAGGAAAGAAAAAAGGCGUGUACGAAGUUGAAAAAAUUUUAGAUAAAAAAAUAAAAGACGAUGAAAUUAUUUAUUAUAUAAAAUGGAAAAAUUGGUCAUCAAACAGUAAUACAUGGGAACCUAUUUCUAAUUUAACUGAUUGUUCUGCGCUAAUUGAAGCUUAUGAAAAAAAUCAAAUUGAUUUACUGAACAAAUUUCGAGAGUUGGAAAAUUUUUAUCCUACUUCUGUUGAUGUCGAGAAUUAUAUGAAGCAAUUAAUUAAGCGUCAUCGCUCGGUUAACAAUAUUAAUUUCAAUAACGACGAAUUAAUUAAUAAUUGUAAAAUAUAUUUUCGAAUUAAAGAUGAUAAUAAUGAGACUAAGACUGGUGAAGCAAAUAGUCUCGAUGAUGCAAGUAAUGUUCAAGAAGCAUCCAAAAAUAAAGCGAACAAUGUGAUUAAUUGUAAAAAUAUUCUGGAUAUUAAGACAAUAACUGAAAAAAUAAAAGCAGCAAUACUAAGCUUGAUGUACAGCACAGCACGACGUGAGCAGUUAGAUUCACUAAAUGAUUGGAAACGUGAAAUAAAUAGUAUAACAAAUGGUAAGCCAAUAAUUGGAAUUGAAAACAAUGUUGAUUUAGAGCUAGCGCCAACGGAUUUUUUUUACAUCGAAGAUUACUUACCUGGAGCAGGUGUUAUUAUACCGGAUGAACCACCAAUUGGAUGUGAAUGUACAUCAUGCAAUGCCAAUAGUGACUGUUGCUUUCAACAAAAUGACAGUUUGUUUCCUUACACAAAUGCUUGUCGUGUUCGUGUACCAGCUGGCACGCCAAUUUACGAAUGUAACAAACGUUGUCGUUGCAACGACCAAUGUCCAAACCGUGUUGUUCAACGUGGUUCACAUUUAAACCUAUGUAUUUUUCGCACAAAUGGACGAGGCUGGGGAGUUAAAACUACAAAGCAUAUUAAAAAAGGGACUUUUAUCACUCAAUACGUCGGAGAAGUUAUAACAAAUGAAGAAGCUGAAAAACGUGGAAAAGAAUAUGACGCUGCUGGGCGCACUUAUUUGUUUGAUCUGGAUUACAACGAGUCUGAGCACUGUCCUUACACAGUUGAUGCUGCUGUUUACGGAAAUAUAUCCCACUUCAUUAACCACUCGUGUGAUCCAAAUGCCGCUGUCUACGGAGUAUGGAUCGAUUGUCUUGAUCCUAACUUACCUAAAUUAGCAUUAUUUGCUACGCGUGAUAUUUUUAAAGAUGAAGAAAUUACAUUCGAUUACAUGCGCGAAGCAAGUGGCAAAGAAACUGAUAGUUCUAAAGACGUUAAUAAUUCUGGAAUUGGAGGAGCAAGUGGUAAUAGUGGAGGUGAUUCUUUAUUGCGACAACGCUUGGAAUUACCCUCCUCGUACAAUAACGAAGAUGAUGAUAAAAUAAAAAACCGUACUAGAUGUCAAUGUGGUGCUAAAUGUUGUAGACAAUAUCUGUUUUAAUUUAAAAUUUAAAAGAAUUUUUGAAAUUCUUUAUUUUUAUUUUCAAUUACUACUUAUUCACAUUGUAUGAUUCAUGUGAAUGCUUUUUAUCAAAUAAAUACUUUUUUACAUUGUUAA